CAACAGGGAAAAGGAAACGUUCCUUUGUCCUUUCUCUUGCAUGAGGACAGGCACUCUCGCUGUAGUCUUCACAGGCAAGAAAGUUCAUUUCUGGCUUCCCAGCAUGGGAACCCGAACCUUUUUCCACCACAGAGAGGAGGAGCAAAAGGCGGAAAGGGAACAGAGCUUGCAAAUGACCUCCACAACUAGAAAGAAAAGGUUCAAAACCAGUGAGGAAGAAGAGACUUUCAGCCUUUCAGAGUUAUCCAUAGCAGCUGCCCUUGCACUGACCUCCGAGAUACCACAAGAUCACAAGCUAAGAAGAGAAGCUGCCAUCCUAGAGCUUGAGCAGAGGGGGCAAAAGAGGGUUCGGUUUGGAAAUGAGAUGGAAAAGCUGGAAAAGGAGGUUAUUAGGAACUGCAGACUGCUGCGUGUGAGAGCUGACCGGAAGGCCCUUCGGAGGAAGGCUGUAGACAAGGCACAGAUGGAGAAGGACUACAUCGAGCUGCGUUCUGGGCGCCCACCUAUGUUCUGGAUUCCCCUCCGGGUACACGCUGUCUGGGAGAGGAUGGAAGUGACGCUGGCAUGCACAAUCCUGGCUUCACCACCACCACAGGUUACCUGGUAUAAAAAUGGAGUCCCUAUCAAUCUUCGCCUAGCCCCGGCAGGAAAAUACAAGAUAAAAAACAAGUUUGGGAUGUUGACCCUGCACAUCAGCAGAUGCUCCAUGGAAGAUUCUGCUGAAUAUAGUGUUGAAAUUAAGAAUCAGUACGGCGAGGCUUACUCAUUUGCUACAGUGCUCGUCAGGAAAUAUUAUGGGAAGGAGUCGGGAUUUGAUUCAGAAAUAUACAGAAGAUCCCUUAUUGCCAGAGAGGCAGAUUUUGCCUUUUCAAUGAAACCCUUAUUUUCAAGAGAGAAGGAGCCAUUUACCCUCUCCUGUUACUUCUCCUCUGAUUUACUUGAACACCAACGAGACAUUGCCUGGUUCAGAGAUGGUGAGUUGCUGCAGAACUCAGAAUGUCAGAAAUUAAAGUACCAAGACCGGGAAGCUUCUCUGACAGUGUCAUGUGCUCACAAAGAAGACGAGGGAUUUUACACUAUCCGCGUCCCCUCACUGGAUGGAUAUAAGGAGCAGACCACUUACGUGUUUGUUAGAGAUGCUGCAGCAGAAACAGCUGGUGCACCCGGAUCCCCACUCAAUGUGAAAUGCCAUGACAUAAAUAAAGAUUGCUUGAUUCUUUCUUGGGUAGCACCCAGUGAUAAUGGAGGAAGCCCAAUCCUUGGAUAUUUUAUUGAAAGGUGUGUUGCCGGGUCAGAGGACUGGGUCCCAUGCAAUGACAAGCCUGUGAAAACCUGCCGAUACCCGGUCCUGGGCCUCACUGAAGGACAGACAUACCAGUUCCGAGUAAAGGCUGUCAAUAAAGCAGGCAUCAGUCAUCCUUCAAAAACCAGUGCUCCAGUUACAACGUAUGACCCCAGCAAGGACAAGAGAGUGACAGUUAUUCCAUAUGACGAAGGCAGGAAGAUAGAAAUUUUCAAGGAUGACCUAGAAGGACACAUUAAAAUUCCUUUGCCACCCACCAAUGUUCACGCAAGUGAGGUCAGAGAAGAUUAUGUGGCUUUGGCCUGGGAUGAACCAGACCCAAGAGGCAGAGAGCCACUGAAUUACUACGUGGAAAAGUCGAUUGUAGGCAGCAACUCCUGGCAAAUGGUUAAUCUGGAUAUGCCAGUUAAUUCCCCAAGAUUUGCACUCUUUGAUCUUGUUAAGGGAAAAUCAUACCGUUUCCGCGUGCGAUCUGUUAACAAGUACGGAAUCAGUGAGCCAUCCCUGCCCAGUGAACCCAUAACUGCUGGAGCAAAACUGGCUACUCUGCCUCCACCUUCUCAGGUUUUAGCUUUCAGAGACACCAAGACAUCUGUUGUUUUGCAGUGGGAUAAGUUAAAGGAUGGUCUGGAGCCUCUUGGCUACUACAUAUAUUGUCGGGAAACUGGGACAGAAGGAUGGCAAACCGUCAAUAAUAAGCCCGUGACAUGUAAUGAAUUUACUGUUCCUGGGCUGCAGCCUGGAAAGGAGUAUGUCUUUUGUGUGAAAUCUGUCAGUGAGGCAGGACUAAGCGACAGCUCACCAGAGACGGAUCCUAUCGUUGUCAGGCCAGCUAUUGCUCGGCCGUCUGCGCCCCGUGGGUUUGUUCUGCUGAGCUGCGGGAAGAGUGACAUGACCAUCGGCUGGAAGCCCCCGAAGCGCCGAGGAGGAACAAAGCUUCUGGGCUACUUCCUAGAUCAGCACGAUACGUCUGAACUCGACUGGCAUGAAGUCAAUAUUCAGCCAAUUCCCCAACAAGUUUACACGGUUGGCAACCUUAAGGAAGGUCACCUCUAUGAAUUCCGGGCUUGUGCAGUGAACAUGGCUGGUGUUGGGGAAGUGUCUGAACCCAGCGACGCGUUCAAGUGUGAGGAGUGGACAAUGCCAGAACCAGGCCCUCCUUAUGAUGUGAAGUUCACAGAAGUAAGAGACUCAUCUCUGAUGCUACACUGGCAAGCCCCGCUGUACACAGGCGCAGGUCCAGUUACAGGGUACUACGUGGAUGUGUGUGAGGAAGGGUCAGAGGAAUGGAAGCAAAUAAACAAGCAGUCCGUAGCCACCACUCACAUGAAGGUUUCAGAUCUAGAGACAGGGAAAUGCUUUAUUUUCCGAGUAAGAGCACUGAACAAGGCUGGAAUUGGGCCCCCUUCACUCCCCUCGGAUCCUGUGGUGGCUAAAACCAAGCCUGGCACAAAUGAAAUUGAACUUGGGGUUGAUGAAGAGGGUCUCAUUUAUAUGGCUUUUGAAGCUCCUGAGAAGAAUGACUCUUCUGAAUUUAUCUGGUCAAAGGACUAUGAAGGACCACCAGAUGCUGACAGAGUUCGGACUGAAGAGAAGGGCAAUAAAUCUAAGCUUAUACUGACAGACCCAUCAGAAAAGGACUUGGGAGUAUAUUCAGUGGAGGUCACAGAUGUAGAUGAAGAUAUCUCUGCCAGCUGCACUUUAACGAAAGAAGACCUGGACAAGUUACUGAAACGUAGCCAUGAAAUCAGGAACCCGUUGAUAAAGCUGAUAUCUGGGUGGAACAUUGAUGUCCUGGAGAAAGGAGAAGUGCGGCUGUGGCUGGAGGUUGAAAAGCUGUCACCAAACGCAGAACUGCAUUUAAUCUUCAAUGAGAAGGAGCUUAAAAGUACUCCAACACAUAAAAUAAACUUUGUCAAAGGAAAAGGUCUGGUAGAACUGAUAAUCCAGAAUUUCUGUGAUGAUGAUAAAGGGAUGUACACAGCCCAGCUGCAAGAUGGAAAAGCUAAAAAUCAAUUCACCCUAGUUCUUUUGGAUGAACGUUUUGCUAAAGUUGCAGAGGAGGCUGAUGCAAAACGGAGAGAAUGGAAGAAAAAGCAGGGCCCAUAUUUUAUAGAGAAUUUGAGAUGGAAGGUUACCGAGAGCUGUGAAGUACUCCUUACCUGCAAGGCAACAAACCUGAGAAAGGACACCAGCUUCCAGUGGUUCUUCAAUAAGAAAACACGAACAGGUGGCGUGUUUGAUCCACAGACUGGGAUAGGAACUCUUCGUGUUAAAAAGAUAACCAAAGCAGAUGAGGGCCAAUACAAAGCACUUGUUUCAGAUGACCGAGGAGAAGACUACACCCAACUUGAUCUCACAAAAGGAUCCUUUGAAGACCUUCUCAAGGAGCUGUGCAGGAUCAGCGCUCUUUCUGCUUCACCUCUGAAAAUUCAGCCUACUGAAGAAGGCAUCAAAAUCUACACGGACGUGAAGUACUACACAGACUAUAUGAAAACAACCUGGUAUCACAAGGAGAAGCAAGUGGAAAGUCGUGACAGACUGAAAGCUGGGAGCACAAUGAAUCAGAUCUGGCUUCACAUCCUGAACCCCACAGAUGCAGAUAAGGGAAAAUACAUCCUGGAGUUAUUUGAUGGGAAUGACACUCACAAGCUGUCAACGGACUUGUCUGGGCAAGCCUUUGAAGAUGCCCUGGCUGAGCACAGAAGGCUAAAAGAAGCAGCAGUAGCAGAAAAGUGUCGUGCCAGAGUUGUUCAAGGUCUGCCAGAUGUUGCCACCAUCAUGGAGGACAAGACCCUGUGUUUAACUUGCUGUGUAUCUGGAGAUCCUUACCCAGAAAUCACUUGGUUCAAAAAUGAGAAGGUUAUCGUCUUUAAAGAUCGUUACAAAAUGGAUGUGAAGGGGACAGUUGUCACAAUUACCAUAGAGAAAGUCUGCAAUGAAGACACAGGAAAAUACAGCAUCUAUGUCAAGAACAAAUAUGGCUCUGAAACAGGGCAGGUUACUAUCAGUGUCUAUAAGCAUGGAGAGAUACCAGUAGGAACAGAAGAAAAGUCCCAGGUGGAAACUGUAAUGAGAAAGCCUAAAUGAAUUAGGCAACUAUAUCUCAUUGAAUUUAAAAGGAAUUUAACUCCUUUGGAUUCAUUUGAAUGUCUCCACCCUAAAAUUCAGUCUCAUAUCUCUAUUUUUAUUUCAGUAUUAUUUUAGUAUUUUUAUUUUGGUGGUUGCUAGAAAACAAUUCUCACUUGUGUGUGGGUGCAUGCACACACUUGCAUGCUCACUUUACAGAGAAACUCUUUCCUGGCAAAUUAUGUUGUGUGGGAAAUACCAGAGGAUUCACGUGCAUGAGAACCAGGCUUUUAGUAGAGGGUUGUUUGUUCUUGUUUUUAUAUAUAUAUAUUUUUUUUUUUAUUAAAUCCUCAUGUGUUACUGAUUAUCUUGUAGCUGAGAAAUAUUUAUGUCUAUAUUAUUAAACUUAUAACCUGAGUGACACCUU